AUGGGUAUGGUGCAGGUUAGUACAUCAGAAGACAUAGCCAGGGAGUCAAGCCGUGUAAUCGGUUCCCUGUAUGGUGAGGUAUCUGACUUUCGUGUAAACACAACGUUCCCGAUACCGGAGAAAGGAACAAGAGAGGCAUGGGACGUGCAGGUAAACUUCAUGCUUGACGGCCUCAAGUAUACGGUGGAUCUUGAGAUUCAGGAAAAGGACGGACAGGUCACCAACGCAAGGCUGAUUGACACAAUGGUGCCCCUCUAAUUUUUUUUUAAACCGCUUGCGUGCUCAUAUGGUCAGUAUCUCCUUGGCGGUUCUGAUCUUUUCAAAGAUCUUGUUGAUGUGCGAGUCCGCAAACUUUUCAAACGUCUGUACCUCGCGCCUGUCCUUGGUGUCCUUCUUAUACACGGCAUACUCCCUCUGGAGCCACUCAAAGUCGGACUCCUUGAGCCUGAUUACGUUAUUCUGCGAGUUCAGCUUGGAUUCAAACAGAUUCACCAGAAAGUAGCUCACGAAGUUUGAAAAGCAUUUGGUUUUGUAUCUUGUCCCGUACUCCUUCCCAUGCAGAUCAUACUUCUCCCUCAGCC